AUGAUGGACCCUUCGCAAGGAGCGGAUCCAGAGGAUUACUACGUCAAGCAGGACCGCAUCGGAAAGGGCUCCUUUGGAGAGGUGUACAAGGGCUUCGACAAGCGAUCCAGGCAGCCGGUGGCCAUCAAGAUCAUCGACCUCGAAAACGCAGAGGAUGAGAUCGACGACAUCCAGCAGGAAAUCGCCAUCCUCAGCCAGCUAGACAGCGCCCACGUCACAAAAUACCAUGGCUCGUGGCUCAAAGGCACGAAUCUCUGGAUCGUCAUGGAGUACUGCUCCGGAGGGAGCUGCUCGGACCUGAUGAAGCCGGGGAGGUUCCGCGAAGACUACAUUGCCAUCGUGGUGCGCGAGCUGCUGCGCGGGCUCGAGUACCUCCACGGCGAAGGCAAGCUCCACCGCGACAUCAAGGCGGCCAACAUCCUCCUCUCGGCCUCGGGCGAUGUCAAGCUGGCCGACUUCGGCGUCUCGGGCCAGCUGACGGCGACCAUGACCAAGAAGAACACGUUUGUCGGCACACCGUACUGGAUGAGCCCAGAGGUCAUCAAGCAGAGCGGCUACGACUUCAAGGCCGACAUCUGGUCGCUCGGCAUCACCGCGAUAGAGCUGGCCAUGGGCGAGCCGCCGUACGCCGAUCUGCAUCCGAUGAAGGUCCUCUUCCUGAUCCCCAAGAACCCUCCACCACAGCUCGAUGCCUCGUUCUCGAAGCCGUUCCGCGAGUUUGUCAGCCUCUGCCUGCAGCGCGACCCUGCCAACCGGCCGUCGGCCAAGGAGCUGCUCAAGCACCGCUUCAUCCGCGGCGCGAAAAAGACCUUCUACCUCACCGAGCUCAUCGAGCGGCUCGAGAGGUGGAGGGCCGAGGGCGGCGACCGCCACGAGUCCGAGGAGAGCGAGGAGGCCGACGACGACUACGACGAGGGCCAGGAGGACAACUGGGACUUUGGCACCGUCCGCCACACGAUGCGCAGGGGCGGCGGCCGCGGCACCGUGGCGAUGCGAAUGCCCGCCAGCGACAUGACGGCGGCAGCGGCGGCGGUCAACGGCGGCGGAGGCGCAGCAAAUGGCGGAGGCAAGGAGCUUCCGAGCGUGCCUGCGGGCUCCUCGCACCUCGGCAUCAAGGCCGACGGCCGUUUCGACACCGGCGGCUCGGCAGGGUCCGGCGGUUCCGGAUCCGGCUCGCUCGGCGGAACGGUGCGGCUGGGCGCGGCUGCGGGCCGGCCAGGCAUCCCCACAGGACAAGGUCAAGGCGACCAUCCAGCGUCUUCGUCACCGCGGCUAUCUGCGGCCGAGGCGUACGACAAGGCGAUAGGUGCCGGCAACGGCGCGGCUGGGAUCCAGAGUCGAGACUUUGCCGGUGCGGCAGCGGGUGGCGGCGGCGGUAGCGGGCGAAGGAGGCGGACAGGCAGCGAGAUCGACGACUACGACGAGCGUUACGGCUACGACCAGCGGGCCGGCGGUGCGGCGACAUCAUCGGCGGCGGCCGCAGGGUACGAUCAGGGCCUGGUGGAGGAGGAAAGGAGGCGGAUCGAGGAGAUGCACCUCCACGGCGGCGAUGACAGCAGCCGGCGCGGGAGAGGUCGCAGCGACGAGGGCGAAGACCCGGGACAGCCGAGGGCUACGAGGCCCGGCGGACGCUUGACGGCGCUCGACACGGUGUUCCUGCCCGUCAUUGAGCAGCUCAAUGUGGCGGUGCAAGGGCGUCAGGACGCGCUGCGGACGCUGGCCAACCUGCGCAUCUCGCUCGAGCAGGCCGAAAUGGUGACGCCGGGCAUCAUGAACGCGUUUGCCGUCGAGCUCUUCCACACCAUGGCCGAGGUCGAGGGGGACCGCGAGCACGACGACGGCGACGGCGGCGACGACGACGACGACGACGAUGGCGGUCCGGCUGGGUGGGAGCAGUAG